AUGUCAAGUUCUCCGUCUUCUCCGAAAAGGGAGCUUGAUGACACAAACAAAGCUAAGGAAAUCUCGACAAAAGGGAAAGAACCUAGGGCGUUCAAACCAACGACAAAGAUUAACCAAAUUAGCCUAGAAACAAGUUCAAAUUUUCCAGAAGAGAAAGCUGUCUUGGAACUUCAUUCCGUAAAAUACCUGGAAAAUUCGCAAACCACCUUCUUGCCCACGGGAGAGGUAAUAGUGAUGGACCCUAACACUAACAGACUAAGGAAAAUUGCGGUAUUUUUCGAUACGGAUGCUGAAAUUUCGUUCAUUGAUACGGUACUGGCCGCCGAACUACGCCUCCCUACAAUCAAGGAAACGAAAUUACGUCUUCAUACGUUCGCUUCUGAUCAGGUACAAGAAACACGAUCCCGCAAAGUUCCCCUCCAAAUAUGGGACGCGGAAGGACAACCACUCUCCCUACUCCUAUUUACGCACGACAUCUUAACCAAGCCAUUCGUGACCGAUCCGGUCUGUGCAGAAGACCUGGAAUUUCUCCGUCAACAACAUCUGCGGAUUAACCUCACCACAAGCGGCUCAACUGUAAAGCCUUCUAUCCUCCUAGGAUGUGAUCAGCUGUGGACACUACUCAAGAACUAUGUACCACAAGUACAACUUCCAUCCGGAUUACAUCUACUUCCAACGCGCACUGGACACUUGAUGACCGGACAAGUCAAAACAAUAGAGAAUCACGAGGACGAGAUGGGUAAAUGGGAUGGCUACGGGACACUGGAAGGCCAAGUUAACGUUGCUUCCAUCAUUCAUAUGAACACGGAUGAGAACGAGAAUUAG